AUGUCUAAUACUUUGAGGCCUUACCUGGCCUGUGUCAGAGCCACUUUGACGGCGGCGCUGACAUUAGAAGACUUUGCUUCACAAGUCGUUGAGAGGCAUAAUCGACCAGAAAUCGAAGCUGGGAAAACACCCGAAGUGCUUUUGACUCCCCUGUACAUCUCCAGAACUCCGUCCGAAUACGUCUUAAUCGAACCAUCAAUUAAUUCGGUGAGACUAAGCAUCAAAAUCAAACAAGCAGAUGACAUUGAACAAAUCCUCGCAAGAGGAGUGACAAGAUUUCUAAGUCUUCGAGCUGAAAACUUCAUUAUCUUGAGGAGAAAACCAAUCAAAUCAUUCGAUAUCAGUUUUUUGAUCACGUCGCGUAACAUAGAAUCGAUGAUCCGAUUGAAAGUAGUUGACUUCAUUAUCCAAUUCAUGGAAGAUGUUGAUAGAGAAAUCAGCGAGAUGAAGUUAAGCUUGAACGCCCGUGCUAGAAUCGUUGCUGAAUCUUACUUAACUCAGGUUGAGUUUUUCAUUUACUUAUCCUCACUCUUCGCACCGUCAGGAAUACUAACUUACUUGUUCUUGCGUAUUUCUAUCGACGGAUCCUGCAACUCUUUGUGUAAAAUAAAAUCAUGCCAAGUGUUUAAUGUCAUCAUCAGCUAUAAGGACAACGCUUCAGGUUCCACCUCGUCUAAAUAA